AUGCGUCGACGUAUUCGUUAUCGUUUAAAUCCAUUUCGUGGCAUACGACUUUUACUUCUUUUAACAUGUUGUUUAUUUAUUUUUGUUUACUAUAUAUUAAUAAAAUUAUUUAAUUGGGAAACAAAACCAUCACCAUUAUUAACUCGUCUUUAUCCCGAUAUGCCAAUGACAAUAGAUCUUCGUUCAUAUUCAGUUUGUCAUCCAAACAAAUUCUAUUUAGAUAAUAUAACUUCAUAUUAUCAUCAAUAUUCAAAACAACAAACAUGUUUUCUUAUUGAACAUCUUGAUGGUGGACCAUGGUGGUCAUAUGUAACACAUGAAUUUGCUGAAAUUCUAACAAAUUUAAAAGGAAUCGGUAUUCAAUCAAAUAUAAAUUAUCGAUCAUUUCCUCAACAUAUAAAAUUAAAUUACAAAACAAAUUUGACAAAAUAUUUUUUAAAUGCAUGUAAUUUUAAUGAAAAUCUUUAUAUGAAAAAUAAAAUUCCUAUUAUUAUUCUUCUUUGGGAUAUAAAUCAACUUCUAUGGAAUAAAAUACAUGAUCAAUGGAUUUAUUUAUUAGAAAAACUUCACAUACGUAUAUUAGUUUUUAUUGAUGAUCUUCAUUUUACAACAAAAGAAAGUUUUUUAAGUCGUCAAUAUUUAUUUCAAUAUAUAACAUCAGAAAUAUUUUCAACAUAUUCAUAUAUAUUUCAUAAUUAUUAUUUUAAUAUAUCAUCAUCAAAAAUUACUUGGUUACCUCAUGCAGCAUCAUCAUUAUCAUAUCAUUCAAUAAAUCAAACAGCUGAAAAUCUUCUUUUUAUUUCAGGUGCACAUAUAUAUGAAUGGUAUCCAUGUCGUUCACGUGCUUUUCUUCUUUGUCAAUCUCGAAAAGAUUUAGUAGGUUGUUUAAAACAUCCUGGUUAUGGUGAAACAAUGAAGAAUGAUAGUACAUUUUUUUAUGGUGGAAAAAGAUAUUUUUCUUAUAUGAAAAAAUAUAUAUUUGGUUUAGGAACAUGUCAAUCUGUUCAUUAUGCAAUUGCUAAAUUAUUUGAAUUACCAGCUAAUGGUCUUGUACUUGUAACAACAAAUGAUUUAAUACCAAUAUUAGAACGACUUAAUCUUUAUCAUAAUGAACAUUUUUUAACAAUUCAAUGUUCAUCAAUAAAUCGAUUAAUACAAGAAAUAAAACAUUUACAAACUUUACCGAAAGAUAAAAUUAAUAAUAUACGAAUAAAAAGUCAAGAAAUUAUUUAUGAACGUCAUAUGAUUCAACAUCGAGCUCAAUUAUUACAUGUUCGUUUAGUAGCUCAAGCUUUAAUUGCAAUGUCUUCAUCUGAUAAAGAACGAAUACAAUGGGAACAAUGGGGUCGUAAUUGUGAUAGGUAUUAA